AUGUUUGGCCUGGGCCUCGUGGAGUCCGUGGCCUGCGGGGAGAGCCACACCGCGGUGCGCCUCAAACCCCACGGCGCCCUGCGGACCUUCGGCGCCGACGCGGACGGCCAGUGCCAGCUGCCGCCGAGGCUGCGGGCGGCCGCCGGCAGCGCGCGCCAGGGGGUGGCUGUGGCCGCUGUGGCGGCCGGGGGUGGCACUACCUGCGUCUUAGCGGAUGGCGAGGUCUUCUGCUUCGGCUUCAACCUCCACGGCCAGUGCGACGUGCCGCCCGAAGCCGCGCCACACGACGCUCAAAGGGCCCAAACGGCCCAAAGGGAGCCGCCAGCGGUGCCCAGCGAGGUCAUCGCGGAGGUGACGCAUGAAGAGCCGCCGGCACAGAUCAAUGAGCUGGAGGCCGCCUCUAUCGUGGCCGAGCAGGAAGCCUCCUGGGUGCAGUACUCCGCGGACACGGUGGGCUGGCACGAGCCUCUGCCGUCCGCAUCGGCUGGUGGCUCCGAGCGGUCGUCGCGGGCCUUUGCGCGGCUGGUGCUGCUGCAGUUCAGCCGUUCCGUGGCGCCGCUGGAGGCCGCCUUGGCCAACUCCGAGAGCUUGGCGCCGCUGCGAAACCAGCUGCGGCAGAAGGGCCACGACUGGCGGCUGCCGUCCGGGGCCAAGCUGCUGGUGAGCCCUGAAGACUUUGCGAGCGUGGCUCUACAGGUGCGUUUCAUGACCUUGCAGCCGUGCCACGUCUUGGUGGACGAGGCCUGGGCCGCCUUCGUCUACGAGGCCUGCGCCACGCUGCCCUCGCGCCUGCGGGUGGCAGUGAGGCGUGCAGAGACCUACGGCUACGUGGAGGAUGCGGAGGAUCCCAACGUGGUGUUGGUGAAGCGUACCUUCCUCAGCGUCCCGGUGACCAAACUGCUGGCGGCGCGCUCUGUGGCGCAGUCCACCACCGAGGCGCACGCAGCGGCCGCCAACCCCCGGAGGUUUCUGCCCUGA